UAUGAAAAGAACGUGGGUUGAUGGGUUUGAUCAAGAUGCGCCCAGUGCCUGUUUUUCUGAUAUGGAUAUUAUUGCUUGUUACGCAGGAAACUUGCGGAAUAAGCAAAGUUAGAGGAGCUGAUCCCCAAAAAUUGCACCUCUAUGAAAAUAAGGAAGGAUUCUUUCAUUGCUUGAAUAGCUCUCAGAAGGUUCCUUAUAGUAGUUUGAACGACGAUUUUUGUGACUGCGACGAUGGAACUGAUGAACCUGGUACUGCUGCUUGUGACGGAUCCACUUUCUAUUGUGAGAAUAUUGGGUAUGUGCCUGUGAAUAUACUUUCUUCUCAGGUGAACGACGGUAUAUGUGAUUGUUGUGAUGGUUCGGACGAGUGGCUUGGUUAUGUUGAUUGUCCCAAUCGCUGUGUACAAAACGGCAAAGAAAGAAUAGAGCAAAUGUUGGCUGAAGUAAAAAUUAUUAAACAAGGCUUGAAGAAACGGGAAGAGUUGAAAAGUCUUUCUUCUUUAAGAUUCUCUGAACUUGUAAACAAAACGAAACUCCUACAGGUUUCCAUACACGAAGCGGAAGUGUUAGAAAGGAAAGCUAAAAAGGAGCUUCAUUGGCUCGAACACGUACUCAGAGUUAUAGAGGCACGAGAUAUUGUAGCUAAUGCGUCAGUAGGAAACUUAAGCUCACAUAGUAGUGGAGACGUUGUUACAACUAACGAGGAAUCAAGCAAUGACUUGGGGAGAACGCAUAGUUUGCAGAAUGAAGAUGAUGAACUGAAUGUUAAUUCUGAGAAGACUUCCGACGAGGUAUAUAAGAGUACGAUGCGGUCAGACUUUGUUUUGGAAACUUGUCAGAACAUAUCCAAAGUCUACACCUCUUCGCAUAUGCUACUACGUUUACAAAAGCUCUUCUUCGAUUUUUUGAGCAAAUUUCCAGUUUUAUCGAACUUCUUUAAAGGAAGUCAAAGAAAGAUAGAUACGGAAGUUUUAAAACUAUGCAUAAGCAACUUAAAAGAGCACUUGGAAACCCUUCGUUCAGAAUUGGAGAAGAAUCGAACAGAACUGGAACGCGUUCAACAGUAUUUUAGUUCUGACUAUGGUCCAGAAAAUGUGUUUUUGGCAUUGAGGGAUAUUUGUUUAGAGGUCGAUAGCCAAGGCUAUCAUUACAAGCUUUGUCUGCUUUCACAUGUCACUCAGGAUAGCAUCAACUUAGGAAAAUUUAGCCAGUGGGAUUCUAAUUACACGAAGAUGAUCUUUUCGGACGGAACUCCUUGUUGGAAUGGACCAGCCCGCUCCACAGUAGUGAAUUUGUUAUGUGGCGUAAAUGAAACUAUUCUCAAAGUUUCUGAACCUUCCAAGUGCCAAUACCACUUUUGGAUGACAACUUGUGCGGUCUGCUCCGUUCAUGAAAUGAAGAAACUACGAGAUGAAGCAAACAUAAUCUUGUCCAAUCUCAACUUAACUAAAGGUCAGAAGUCAAAUAUGGCUCAUAAACAUGAUGAACUAUGAUAUAUUCUCCGUCAUUUUUCGAAUACUUUAAGGAACAUUCCAAAAAUUGAUUUGACAAGCGAACUUGCUGUACUUAAAGAAUAUGAUUCUCUAUGUCAACAAUUUUUAUUCGUAAAAUUUUGCCUGUCAUGCAAACAAACAUUUAGAC